GGAAAAGAAUUGGGCAGCCACUAGAAUUUACUAUAUAUGGAAUUGAAAUGUGAAAUAAUGAAAUAUGUAUCAUCUACCAUCAAUUAAACCUUAGCAGAGUUGGCUUACACUAUCCACAAUAAUAGACGGUGUAAAAAACUGAAAAAAAAUAAUCUGUAACAAAAAUAAGAACGUGUCACUUUCAACGCUACAAAUUAAUUAUAGGCCAUUCAGAAAAUAUAUUUCUUGAUUAAAAUUUUCUUGAACAACAUCUUGUACUAUUAGAAAACUACUCUGUAGAUAAAUAUGAAUUCGACUCGAAAUUGAUUCAAAACCAAAUCUUCAAAAAUCUAAAUAUCUUAUUAAUGUUGAUUUUGAGCAUAUAUGGCUAAAUACCAAUCAUAAUUUAUGCGCAACUUUCUUGGUUCUCGAUGGAUGCUGCUCAAGAGAUGGUACGACAAAGUCGAGGCAAAGAAGAAAUUGAUACUAGACCAAAAGAGGACAUCAUUCAUCAUAAUUCCAUAGCCAACCACAUCAACAACAAAAAUCUUCUAUUGCCAAAGGCCAAGCACUACAAAAAAUGGCUUCGAAUCACCAUUUACAUCCUCUUCCUCCUCGUUGGCCAAACCACCGCGACUCUCUUAGGAAGACUCUACUUCGACCAGGGUGGAAACAGCAAAUGGAUGGCCACAUUUGUGCAAUCAGCCGGCUUUCCCAUCUUCAUUCCUCUCUUAUUCUUCUUCUCCUCAUCAACUACUUUUCGUCGCCCCUUAGUCCUUAGGCUCACCUUCCUCUACACUACUUUCGGCCUAAUCUUAACCGGAGACAACUUGAUGUACUCAUAUGGACUACUAUACCUUCCUGUCUCUACGUAUUCUUUAUUGUGUGCCUCUCAACUAGCCUUUAACGCGGUCACAUCCUUCUUCAUCAAUGCGCAAAAAUUCACUGCCCUAGUACUCAACUCGCUUGUAAUCCUUACUAUCUCCGUGUGCCUCUUAGCCAUCAAUGCAGACAACGAAGGUAACCCGAGCAAUAAUGUGUCGAGGGGCAAAUAUGUCAUAGGAUUUUUAUGUACACUUGGUGCAUCCGCGACAUAUUCUUUGUUAUUGUCAUUGAUACAAUUCUCUUUUGAUAAGGUGAUUAAGGAUGAGUCUUUCAACACAGUCAUAUGUAUGCAACUUUAUCCUUCGAUCGUGGCAACCUGUGGUUGUAUCAUAGGGCUCUUUGUUAGCGGAGAAUGGAGAACAUUGAAGGAAGAAAUGAGGGAUUAUAAGACGGGUGGAGUGCCCUACGUGCUAACACUAAGGUUCACGGCUAUAAGUUGGCAAGUAUCAUCGGUAGGGUUGAUAGGACUAGUUUUCGAGGUUUCUUCCCUCUUCUCUAAUGUGAUUAGCACCUUGAGUUUGCCUAUGAUUCCGAUUUUCGCAGUCGUGUUCUUCCAUGAUAAGAUGAAUGGUGUGAAGGUGAUAUCUUUGGUGCUUGCUAUGUGGGGGUUUCUUUCUUAUAUUUAUCAGCAUUACUUGGACAAUAUCGAAGCUAAUAAGGCAAGAAAAGAAAAAGGGGAUGAAAUAUUGGGUGCUAUCACAGAAAUGUGUUAAUAGUGGUAUACUAAUUAAAGUUGUAAUUAUUAAUUUAUGUGAUUUUUAUCUUCUUUGAGAAAUUAGUAGUAUUGUUGAUAGAACCUUGCAAUUCCACGAUCAUAAUCUUAGACCAACUAGUCAACCUAUUCAAUGGCAAAUUUUUUUAUGUAGCUUUUAGAAAGUUUGAUUAAGUCAUAUAUAUAACACUGUUGUUGAAAAUUGAAAUAAAUUAUAAGUGUACUAAAAUUGUUUCUUCGUAUCAAAACUUUUACAUAUAAAUGGAACUAACAACUCAAUCACGAGCAAUGAUAAUUCGAUUUCAAAAGGUACAUAAAUAUGCAUAUUAGUAGAUCAUAUAACCUAUCUACGAUCACAACUACGGAUAUAUGGUUUAUAACUCAACAGUACACUCGGUUUAGGAAACUGAGUUCUUUGGUAAAUCGACCUAGCUAGAUCGACCUAGCUAGAUCAUCUGCAAGGUGCCAAGUGGUUCAUGUGGUUCAUGUGGGUGCAAAGCGUGGCUGCGGGCCUAGUGUGGACUUCAAGUAUUUCAAUUUGGCUCAAAUAAAGUUUGCUCACAAGUCGUAGUGUAGUUUGUUGAUUGCUUCUAUUUUCUGUACUGUAUUUCUUUAUAGAUACUCUUUGUCUAAAAAAACCCUCAACACUCAUACUACAAUGUAUGUAUUUUAAUCCGCACACAACAAUCAAAGUACCAUACACGUACAAAUGUACAAUAUAACCCAAAACAAAACAUUAUACCCAACCGCAUAAAAUAUCAUGCUACACUUAUCCGAAAUAUAAUCCGAUUUUUAUCGGUAUAAUAAGAUGAACAUAAAAGUGUACGUGUCAAGA